AUGCGAGGACUUGGCUCAGAGCGGCUCAUCGAGAGAGUCAAGUGGUUGCCCUCGCGCUGUGGGAUGAUAUCCAGAACGUGUUUACAGCUGAAGGAUCAAGUCUUAGUUAGAGCCGGAGCCGCUCCGGGCCGCGCUCCGGGCCGCGCUCCGGGCCGCGCUCCGGGCCGCGCUCCGGGCCGCUCCGGGCCGCGCUCCGGGCCGCGCUCCUGCAGAUAUGAUGUUGUUUAUUGA